UCUGGUAUUGUCACCAAAUCUGUUGUUACAUACUGACAGAGGAUAUACACACAAUAUGGAGCCUCAAUUAAGAAGAAAGCAUUUUGCUGUCUAUUUCACAUCAGUUCUGCUGUCGUGUGUGUGGGCAGGUGAAAAUGAGGUAGCUGCAAGAGAGGGAGCAACUGUCACCUUAAAGACAAGAGAAAGCGGAAGCUACAGUAACAUCCAGAUAGUGUGGACUUUUGGAACUGAAAAUCCAAACAUGCGUAUUGCCAUUGUGAAGAGCAGAGAGGUGAGGAGUGAGUAUGAUGAGCGUUUCAGAGGCAGACUGCAGCUGGACAGUUGGAGUGGAGCUCUGACCAUCACAAACCUCAGACUCAGUGACUCUGGGGUUUACAUGUGGCAGUCCAUUGGCAGCACCAUCUUAUUCCAGAAUUUCCACCUUACUGUCUACAGCUCUGUCUCCCCUCCAACCAUAAAGGUCAAUGCAUCUUUGGUCAACACAAGAUGUAGUUCACUCACAGUGGAGUGUUCUGUGGAAAACAGCAGAGAGCUGAUCCUGUCCUGGUUCAGAGGGAGAGAGAGACUGAAAACUACAAGCAGUCCUAAUCUUUCUACCAGGGUUUUUCUUCCUCUGGAGAUACAGUAUCAUGAUGGAGACAACUACAGCUGCUUGGCUGAAAAUCCUGUGGAAGAAAAGGCCACCAAACUUCAUACAGAGGACACAUGUCUGAAGAAUGAAGAGAGCUGGUGUCAGACUGAAGCCACAGUACGACUGGUUAUCUCUGCUGUAGUCGGCAUGGCUUUGAUUUUUCUCAUCGUGGACCACAUGAGACUCCGAAGAUGAAACUAACUGGGACCCUGAGGACCGUCAGUACACACUGCCAUCGCCAUCAAAAACACACAGACUGUUAAUACUGUCCAGGGAUGUUAGUAAUUUGAACAAAAAUGAACACUUCAAAUUUUUAGGUGAGUCAGACUAUAUGCCACUGAUUUAUAGUAAAUUAAAGGGAAGGAAGUCUGGUCAUAUUCUAUAUUUUUCUUAUUUGUCAACAAAUCCCAUGUAAACAUCAAAAUAUUGUUUUGACUCAAUCCCAUAUACAUCACCCUGCUACCAGAAAUACUCACUCAGCAUCAUAUGUGUAUUAAUCCCCCACUGAAAAUAGUCCCCAACAAAGUCUAUUGGCCCAGCUAUUUGAGACUUUUUGAAAAUGACACAUUUGUGAGUGAAUUUUUAGAUUUACUUCUUAAGUAGGAACCAAUAAGCUUGGGGUUGAGAGCCACAGACAGGGAAUAGAAGUCAGACAGUAUUAAGACACGCACUAACACAUUGUUGGUUUUUGGUCUUUUAAUGGGAUUUAAUGACAAAGAGAAAAUCAUAGAAUAUUCCCAACUUUAUUCUUUACCUUUGUGAUGUUUUGGUACAAUUCAUAUGUGAAAUGCCAUCAAAUGUUAAAGGAUCACUUGGAGUUGAUACCUCCAUCUUUCAUCUAAAUUUGGUUGCAAUUGCAGACUAUGUUCAAGAGCUACAAUAGUUUUGCAAAAUAGGUCACUACAAGAAUUGGGCCACUAAUUACAGAAAAAUGUCUAGUUUAAUGACUAAAACAAACACAAACAAACAUCAACAACUUAGGCAACCGUCAGAUAAUCUGAGGCAAAGGAGAAGCUGUGUUUUCUGCACCUAGCAGACAUCCCUAGAUUUUAUUCUCAAAUGUAAAUAAGAAGAAGUUCAAAAGUUCCACGUAGUGUGAUGUAAGUGACAGAUAAAGAAAAGGUCACUAUUUUGUGUAAAAUCAUGUAACAUCAGCAUAGAACUGAUAGAUGUCCUGGAGAUAAGCGAUAUGUGGUAAUACAAAUAAGAGGAAGUUGUAGAGUUAUAAAAUGAAAAGCCAAGAGAAGCUCGAGGUCCAGUUCCUUUUUCUUUUUGCGGAACCUCCUUUUCAGAGAUAUCUUUGACACUCUCUUUAGUCUUUUAGCUUUUUGCUUUUUAAUUUUUGCUUACAUUGUCUGUAUUUUACUUU